CUUCGCGUGUACUCAAAACAGACUUCAUUCUGCAUAGAAUGCAGAAAUAUUUUAAAUUUAUGCUAUCAUCAUUUGAUCCCCUGGAAAGUCUAGUUGUCACUAGUGGAUUAUUGUACAAGCACAGUGGGCCUAGCUGCUUAAGUAUGUGGAUAGCAAUAGCAGAAGGUCUGAAGUUCUACAUUAAUGAUGUGAAGGGUUUUUCAUUAUUGAAAAUGGACUCUGACAGCAAAUGUUGUUUUGCCAUGUUGUAUCUCUUGUCCUAUCCGCUAGUUGUAUGCUCCUGCACCCAGAAAGACUUUAAGUCAGCAAACAUUAGAAGCUCCCCGGAAGAAUCUCCUGCUUCAUUGCAGAUACAGGUUGAGCUUGAACGAGUUAUCACAUUGUGGACCUCACUCUAUGGUUCUAUGUGUACCUCGUUGCCUGGGUGUUUCACUAUUGGAAGUUUCUUUGAGGAUCUGUUUUCAAUAUUGGAUACGUGCCUUGACAAGUAUACUAGCAUGCUUGUGUGUGGCGAUGAGCUUGAGUUAAAAUGCAAGGGUCUGGAUCUCCAUCUCAUUGCCUUAUAUGGUUAUGUGUUGAUAUGUAUUUUGGAAAAUUUCCGUUCUUCAGAAAUAAGUUCAGAUGGAAAUGAUAAGCAUGGCUCUAACUACACGGUCUCCAGUGCCAUCACAUGCUGCCUGAAAGUGACCAUUAGAUAUAUGGAGUUGUUGCAGACAAAGAUAGGAACAGACUCACCGAUUGGUCUUAGGGUGGCCUCGAGGGUAUAUUCUACAUUGGCCUACUUCAUCAGUUCCCUUCACUUGAAAGAGGAUAUCCUUUCCUUCUUUGAGUUGAUAUCCAGCCCACUGCUUCAGUGGCUGGUACUCAUGGAAAUGCAGGAUGAGAGCACCAGUGAUCAAUUUCAACUCCUAUGGGCAGAAACACUUGGUUGUUUACGGAGGAGUCAGCCUCCAAUAAUCUUUGAUUCUGCAUUUCUCAUACUCCAAGCACCCAUCCUUGAAAAAACUCUUGAUCACCCAAAUCUGUCCAUUUCAGAGCAGACCAUCACUUUUUGGAAUUCCACAUAUGGUGAACAAACCAAGUUGGAUUACCCUAAGACCUUACUUAAUGUACUAGACAAGCUCUGGAGAAAUGGCAGAAUAAACCUCCACAAGAGAAGCCUACCACUUCAAAGAUGUCAAUCUAGACCGCAAGUCGCAGCUGUUCUGCCAAGAUACAGGGUGAAUGCAACCCAUAACAGAGUCUCAAAAAGAGUAGAACUUGUAGAGGAUACCAUAGGUGGUGGUGAGCACAAGGAAAUGCCUCAUCCAAGUUUGAAGAGGAGAAGGCUGGAACUAACCGAGCAUCAGAAGGAAGUAAGACGAGCACAGCAAGGAAGGGAGCACGACUGUGGUGGUCAUGGCCCGGGUGUCCAGACUUUCACAAGUGUUGAUUUUUCGCAAGGAAAUAACAAUGAGGAUUCACAAGAGAACCAAGAUAUCCGGAAUGCAGAGUGCAUCUUGGAGCUCUUGAGAAAUGGAUAAAUUGAGCUCUUUGAUUAAUAUAUCAUCCAGCUUCUCUCUUGACAGUUUCUUGCUCACACUUUUUCUCUAUAUAUUAUAGAACCCUAUCAAAGCCUUAAACCAUUGGGCCGGGCAUGUUGUAUAUAUUAUCUUCUCGAUUGAUUAUUUACAAGUCGAGUGGCCAAGCAUGUAUUCAAACCUUUAACCUACAUGCCAAGUGAUGAUAGAGAGAUUGAGCAAA